CGCGGCUCCCCAGCGCGGUCCCCGGCGCCUCCGCGGCCCCUCCCCCCGGCCCCGCGACCCCGGCGCGGCCCUCCCGCCCGUCCUCCUCCCCGGACCCCGCACCUCCGGCCCCGCGAUGGGCGCGCGCGCCGCGGGCUGGCCCCGGGCCCGGGCCGGGCUGCUGCUGCUGCCGCUGCUGCUCGCGCUGCUGGCGGCGGGCGCGCAGGGGGCGCGGGGCCGCGGCGGCGCCGAGAAGACCAGCUACCGCCGCGCCGCCGGCCCCUUCUGGCCCAGCGCCGCCAGCCUGCUGGGCGAGGACAACGCGCGCGCCGCGCAUAAGGUGCUGACCAGGCUCACCGAGAAGUUCGUGCACAGCGUGGACGUGUUCCUGGACGUGCUGUGGAAGCUGUGGGUCGAGAUCCUGGACGUCCUCGGCCUGGACGUCGGUGACUUCUCUCCCCUCAUGGCCCGAGACACCGGCUCCCAGUCCUACUAUCGCAUCCAAUUCCCGGCAGGCAGAGGGACCGGAGUCGCCAACAUGUCGCAGUACCUGAGCCCGGCGGCCAUGGCUGGCAGCCCCGCCCGCGCCGUGGUGUUCAUCGGCGUGCUGAUGCUGGCCUACUGGUUCCUGUCGCUGGCGCUGGGCCUGGCGGUGGCCGCCAUGCACCUGCUGUUCGGCCGCUGCUUCUGGGCGGCGCGCGUGGCGCUCUUCUCGCUGGCCUGCGUGUACGUCCUGCACAAGCACGAGGGCGAGCCCGAGGCCGCCGCCCUGCCGCUCUGCUUCGUGGUGGCCGCCUACUUCAUGACGGGGCCCAUGGGGCCCUGCUGGCGCAGCCCGCCCGGCCCCCCGCCCGGGCCCGGCCUGGAGGAGAAGCUGGAGCAGCUGGACGCCCAGGUGCGGCUGCUCAACAUCCGCCUCAACCGCGUGCUCGAGGGCCUGGACGGCGCGGCCGGCGGCAAGUGACUCCCGGCCGCCCGGCCGCCCGCCGUGCCCUCCGCGCCCGCGCUCCGCCGGCAGCAGAGGCGGCGGCGGCGGCGGCCGGCCAACGCCAAACUGCCCCAGUAAAGGUGCCAGAGCCGGCGGGUGCUCCGAGGGUGUCUCGGCCGCGCAGCCUUUCAGGGGGGCCCGCCCGGGGGGAGGGGGAGGGAGUCCGCGGGGGAGGAGAGGCCCUGCCGGCUGUUCAGUCACAGACGUGUGUCCCGUGGAGCAUCUCUGGAUAUUUCCCCUUCCCUCCCCUCCCUCCGGGGAGGAGCCUGCAGCCCAGGAUACAUGCCCUUGACCGGAAUCGAACCCGGGACCCUUGGGUCCGCAGGCCGACGCUCUAUCCGCUGAGCCAUGCCGGCCAGGGCCCUUCUCGUCUCUUGGAGCAACCAAGGCCCCGUUGCAGGCUGGACACCCGGCUGCCUGGCACCGAGGCAUUUCCCAGAACCCCCCUGAAGGUCCCCCAGCGCUCAGAGGACAUCUUCUGUGAGGCGGUUUUGUAAGAUAAGGCCGAUCCCGGUCCCGGCUCCUCACGUCCCCUGGAGGGGGGAGGACGCUCCCUCGGCGGUUCGGUUCGGAGAAGGGACCGGAGCGCGGCCGGGGCCGGCGUCUGGGUGGACGGCGGCCGCCUCGGCCCAUCGGCGCCUCCGCAUGCAGACGGUCCGGCUGGAGGCGGAGGGCCCUCUCCUGGGCCCCUGGAUGCUCUUCACGAGGAGCUCCGCCUCCGAAGAACAGCGAGCGUGUUCCCGCUUCUGUCCUUGGGGGUCUGAGGCUCCACGCUUUGUACAGGAACAGGAAGACCACCGGGACCGGGCGGAGAGAGGUCGUGGGGCCCUCGUGGGGAGAACGCGCGCUCGGGGGCUUUCGGCGUGUCCGUGGCUCUUGUAAUCCUCACCCGAGGGUGUUUCUCCGUUGAUUUGGGGGGGGGGGAGUGGAGAGGGAGAGGCAGAGAGACACACGGAGGGGUUGCCUCCUGCGCGCGCCCCGCCCCGGGCAGAGACCGGGCUGCUGUGGGGCCUGUUCUUGCCCGGGAGCCUGGGGGUCCUCCUUUGUGCAUCCCAUGGACGCUGUGGAGUAUUUGACCUCCCGCCCCCGCGGCCCCCCGCCUCCGCCUCCGUCUCCGUCUCCGUCUCCGUCCUCCCUUUCGUACGUGGGAAAUGUAUUUUUGUACCGUGUCUCAUGCCUUGAAGAGAAGCCUUUCUAUGUCUCCCGGGGGCUGGGGGCGGGGAGUCGCGGACGCGCCCUGAGACGUGAACAUCGUGGUGAGAGCCGAGCCACCGCGGUCAGCGAGGGCCCGCUCUGGGCGUCCCGUCCGCGUUCCCUUCCCGCGUCUGCGGGAAGGACCAGGGCAGAGGACAGUCCAGGAAAAGACGCACCGAAAAGGCCGGUGUGUGUGGUGGCAGCUGUGUGGGCACCGACGUGGACAGGGACCUCGUGCCGAAGGCUCCGAGCGAAGCGUGGGGGGAGCCUUCCCCGCGUCCGGUUCUGGUCCCACACGCCCCGGGGUGGCCGCCCGGCGUCCGGGUCCUGUGAGCCCAGAGGCCGCCGGUUCGAGUACCGGCCGGGGGCACGGGUGGCCGGCUCCCUCCCCAGCAGGAGGCAGCCGAUCAAUGAGUCAUCCUUGUUGCUUCUCUCUAUCCCGCUUUCUCCUCUGAAAUCAAUAAAAAUAUAUUUAAAAUAAAACAAAAAAACACAAAAGAAGAAACUCCUGAGACCAUUUCCCUCCCCUCCAACUUUAUUUUUCUAACAAGAGAUCACUGUUCAGCUCAGUUUCUGUUCCAGGCCGUUUGAGUUGUUGGACUUUUGCUUGUGAAUAACAGAAUUUCCACGGAGUGGCCAGAUUAUUACCUCUGAACGCAUAGUAAUCUGGCCGCUCAGUAUAUAUUUUAGGGGCCUGGUGCAUGAAUGCGUGCAUGGGUGGGGUCCAGCCAGCCUGGCCAGGGGGAGGGGACAUGGGCAGUUGGCCGGCCUGCCUGCUGGUCGCACUCCUGACCGAGGGGACCGUUUGCAUAGUCGCCUUUCAUUCUGUAGGACAGACACGGAGCAGCCAGAUGACUAUGUGUUCAUCUGGCCGCUCCGUGUGUAUCUGGUUGGGCAGGAUCUGACGCAGUCCCCGUACACGUGGUGUCAGGCGGCCCUCGUGUGAGGCCCUGCGCCCGGGCACGCAGACAGACGGGUCCGAGAGCCGCCUUCCACGUUCUGCUCUCCCGUGACCCCUUGCCGCGUGGCAGCCACGCGGGACCAGCGCCGCCCUUGUGGGGGCAUGCAAGGUGGGUCGUCAGUUGCAUCUGAAAAUCGGGCAGCGCGUGUCAGCCGGGACCCCAUGUUCCCACAUCGUCUCGCAGACUUAAAGGUGUGAGCUCCAUCUCAGGGCCGGGCGAUCGAUUCCCUGCGAUGGAGACGGUGAUCCGUGCUCCCUCCAUGUUCAGCUAAGCCGUUUCUCUCGUCGUAACUGGAAACCCCGUUGGUGAGGUGCCCAUUGUCCACAGCGCAUUCCCGAUUCCGUACGUUGUGCACAUUUGAUAGAGCAUUUAACUUGACAUUGACUAUCAAUCACCUGACUUGAAUAUAGUCGUGUGUGUGCGCGGGUGUGCGUGUGCCUGUGCGUGUGUGUGUGUGUGUGUGUGUGUGCACAGUUUUAGUGCCAUGAGCCUUGGGACGUCGAUUCUACAAAUAUCCAUAUAGACCUAAAUGUAUAAUAAGGCUUGUUUGUAUUUUUUUUGGCAAAGUGAUACAUUCCUGUGAUGAAAAGUAACUGGCUUUGGUGUCGUGUAGAGAUCUCUGUAAGCUGGUUUCAGCACAGAAUUAAACUAUUGUGAAAACGACAGCUUAAUAAAUGUCUUAUUGUAAUAA